CUUUGUAAAUGUGGGAGAUGACACCAGCCGUCAAUCUCAAAUCAAAUUGUACCGUCGAUUACCCCGGAAUGCGAGUGUUACCCAUCAGGAUCUGUUCCGUCUUUUGCAUUCUCUGCGGAAUCGCGUCCAUCAGCAUACAAACGGCCACUUUAGCCAUUUUCUUGGAGACGUUCGACCGUCAUUACGUCAACUUCCCUUCGGACUUUGUCGGUCACGGUAUUUGGAGUGGAGCGUUCGAUUUAAUAGCUGGCUGUUUGGGCAUUGCUGCCACUUACACGAGGAAAAAGACGCUGCUCGUUGCGACUGUAGUGAUGACGGCCGUAUCGAUUUUCACUUCAUUCUUGACGUCUUUACUAUCAGCUGGGGCCGCAUCGUUAGGUGUUUACAGUUCUUGCUACAGAAAAUUCGGAUACUCUAAAUCGAUAUGUGAUACAUGGCUGGAAUUGCAAUGGGCAUUAAUGAGCUGUGGGAUUUUAGCUUUGAUCAGUUCAAUAGUCCUCGUCAUCCUGACAUCAGGAUCUCUUUGUACUUGUUGCAGGAAGCACAACAGCAUCGUAGACAUGGUAAACGACAUUGUGUUAUGA